CGUUCCUUCUCGGCUCGCGCGGCCGUCACUGCAACGGCAUACGCCACAAUAACAUUUCAGACCAGAGGCACGGCGCUUGCUUACAAUGAAACACAGGCGGAGGCUGGCAGUGGAACUCUAGCCUGUGGUGCCUGCCAUUUAGACAGAGAGAUGGGUAGAUGACGACCGAGAGCAAUGGAGUCGAGGGCCCGUUGGUAGCAUGAAUGACAGGUAUCACAAGGCGGCCCGGGAUGGCUACCUGGACCUGCUGAAGGAGGCUACGCGGAAGGACUUGAACGCGCCGGAUGAAGAUGGCAUGACACCGACGUUAUGGGCCGCUUAUCAUGGCAACUUGGAGGCUCUGCGACUUAUCGUGGGCAGAGGAGGCAACCCUGAUAAGUGUGACAUAUGGGGGAACACACCUCUCCACCUGGCGGCCGCCAACGGCCACCACAACUGCCUGUCCUUCCUGGUGUCCUUCGGUGCCAACAUGUGGUGCUUGGACAACGACUACCACACGCCCCUGGACAUGGCCGCCACCAAAAGCCACAUGGACUGUGUCCGCUACCUGGACUCCAUCGCCGCCAAGCAGUCGGCCCUCAACCCCAAGCUGGUGGGGAAGCUGAAGGAGCGGGCUUUCCGCGAGGCCGAGAGGAGGAUUAAGGAGUGUGUGAAGCUGCAGCGGAAGCACCACAAGCGUAUGGAGCGCAAGUUCCACAAAGAGGCAGCGUCGGAGCAGUCCAUGUCAGACGCCAUGAGCUUCACCAGCUACACAAGCAGCUCAGUGAGCCGCAAGCUGCACCACCUAAACACCACCACUGUCAGUGUGCCAUACUCUCAGGCUACUCUUCACGCCACAACCCGAGGCAAGACCAAGAUCCAGAAGAGGUUGGAGAAGAGGAAGCAAGGGGACGGGACCUUCAAGAUCUACGAGGACGGCAGGAAGAGCGUGCGCUCCCUCUCGGGCCUUCAGCUGGGCAACGAUGUCAUGUUCCUUAAACAGGGAACCUAUGUCGGCCCUCGGGACCGCGCAGGGCGCCGCGGCAACCUCCGAGACAUAUUCCACGGAGACGCCAACGACGACACCAUCUCUCGUGCCAUCAGCGAGCCGGACUUGUCUUACCGGCCCGACAUGGAAUACUCUGAGGUCAGCACCGACUCGGGCCACGACUCUCUCUUCAACCGGCCCGGUCUGGGAACCAUGGUGUUCCGACGCAACUAUAUCAGCGGUGGCCUGUUCGGCAUCGGCGGGCGUGACGAGGGGAGCCUCAGCGGAGGAACCGAACGGGCUGGCAGCACCAACGUGCGGCUGCGCAGCCGGCUGCGGCGUUCGCCCAGCCUGGACGAUGGGGGGGACAGCAUCGGCAGUGCCAGCAGCCUCCGGGAAAGGAACCGCCAGGAGCUUCCCUGGGACGAGCUGGAGCUGGGGCUGGAUGAUGACUUCGAGGCCGUGACCAGCCCGUUGGAGGUGUUCUUGGCUGCGCAGACCAUGGGCGAGUUCCUCACCGUCUUCAGGCGGGAGAAGAUUGACCUGGAGGCGCUGCUGCUGUGCUCGGACCAGGACCUCAAGAGCAUCCACAUCCCCCUGGGACCCAGGAAGAAAAUCCUAGAUGCCUGCAAGAGACGUCUGGAGACCCUUGAGGACCCUGACUACAUCGAGGACACCCUGCUGUGAAUGGUGAAUGACACUUUUGGAUCUGAAGAUGCUGUGUAGGCAGAAAGGAGGACAUUGUUAAGAUAAACAUCUCAGUGAACAAAAGAAGACAAGUAAAAUACAGAAACCUGAGCUUUCUAUGGACUUUGUAAAUGAAGGAGAAGAGCUGAAGAAAUCUGAAAGGUAUUUUGGAUCGUUCCAGCUUCAUCAGAGUGAGUUCUAGAAGUCCACUUCCCUGUUUCCAAUUUUAAUGAUCUAAAGACACUGUUGACCAUUUUAAUUAACUAAACGACACUGUUGACGGUUUUAAUGCACUAAAAGACACUGUUGACCCUUUUAAUGAUCUAAAUGACACUGUUGACCGUUUUAAUGAACUAAACGACACUGUUGACGGUUUUAAUGCACUAAAAGACACUGUUGACCCUUUUAAUGAACUAAAUUACACUGUUGACCGUUUUAAUUAACUACAGAGGACCUUGCUGCUUCCGUGAAGGACAGAGAGCUGUGGCAUGCCAUCUUUUGGAGCAUUGCGUCACCAUACGCAGUCAGCCAAAGACUGCCUGGAUCUGUAUCCACAGAACACAGUGUUGAUGUGCAGCAGUGUUCUUGUAUGUCAUGUGGCACAGUGUACAGAGAGAAGAACAAGGAGGUGUGGCCUGCCCCCCUCCAACACCUCUCUGUCUGACCCCAAUACGUUGGCCCCUGUGGGGCAUGUUAGAUACCGUACUACCAUCCCCUGAGACUGUGUUCCUGGUGUCAGAGACUGGUGUCAGUACAUGGGGCAUGUUAGAUACCGUACUACCAUCCCCUGAGACUGUGCUCCUGGUGUCAGUACAUGGGGCAUGUUAGAUACCGUACUACCAUCCCCUGAGACUGUGUUCCUGGUGUCAGUACAUGGGGCAUGUUAGAUACCGUACUACCAUCCCCUGAGACUGUGUUCCUGGUGUCAGUACAUGGGGCAUGUUAGAUACCGUACUACCAUCCCCUGAGACUGUGUUCCUGGUGUCAGUACAUGGGGCAUGUUAGAUACCGUACUACUAUCCCCUGAGACUGUGUUCCUGGUGUCAGUACAUGGGGCAUGUUAGAUACCGUACUACUAUCCCCUGAGACUGUGUUCCUGGUGUCAGUACAUGGGGCAUGUUAGAUACCGUACUACCAUCCCCUGAGACUGUGCUCCUGGUGUCAGUACAUGGGGCAUGUUAGAUACCGUACUACCAUCCCCUAGGCCUGUGCUCCUGGUGUCAGUACAUGGGGCAUGUUAGAUACCGUACUACCAUCCCCUGAGACUGUGUUCCUGGUGUCAGUACAUGGGGCAUGUUAGAUACCGUACUACCAUCCCCUGAGACUGUGUUCCUGGUGUCAGUACAUGGGGCAUGUUAGAUACCGUACUACCAUCCCCUGAGACUGUGUUCCUGGUGUCAGUACAUGGGGCAUGUUAGAUACCGUACUACCAUCCCCUGAGACUGUGUUCCUGGUGUCAGUACAUGGGGCAUGUUAGAUACCGUACUACCAUCCCCUGAGACUGUGUUCCUGGUGUCAGUACAUGGGGCAUGUUAGAUACCGUACUACCAUCCCCUGAGACUGUGUUCCUGGUGUCAGUACAUGGGGCAUGUUAGAUACUGUACUACCAUCCCCUGGGCCUGUGUUCCUGGUGUCAGUACAUGGGGCAUGUUACACACCGUACUACCAUCCCCUGAGACUGUGUUCCUGGUGUCAGUACAUGGGGCAUGUUAGAUACCGUACUACCAUCCCCUAGGCCUGUGUUCCUGGUGUCAGUACAUGGGGCAUGUUAGAUACCGUACUACCAUCCCCUGAGACUGUGUUCCUGGUGUCAGUACAUGGGGCAUGUUAGAUACCGUACUACCAUCCCCUGAGACUGUGUUCCUGGUGUCAGUACAUGGGGCAUGUUAGAUACCGUACUACCAUCCCCUGAGACUGUGUUCCUGGUGUCAGUACAUGGGGCAUGUUAGAUACCGUACUACCAUCCCCUGAGACUGUGUUCCUGGUGUCAGUACAUGGGGCAUGUUAGAUACCGUACUACCAUCCCCUGGGCCUGUGUUCCUGGUGUCAGUACAUGGGGCAUGUUAGAUACCGUACUACCAUCCCCUGAGACUGUGUUCCUGGUGUCAGUACAUGGGGCAUGUUAGAUACCGUACUACCAUCCCCUGAGACUGUGUUCCUGGUGUCAGUACAUGGGGCAUGUUAGAUACCGUACUACCAUCCCCUGAGACUGUGUUCCUGGUGUCAGUACAUGGGGCAUGUUAGAUACCGUACUACCAUCCCCUGAGACUGUGUUCCUGGUGUCAGUACAUGGGGCAUGUUAGAUACCGUACUACCAUCCCCUGAGACUGUGUUCCUGGUGUCAGUACAUGGGGCAUGUUAGAUACCGUACUACCAUUCCCUGAGACUGUGUUCCUGGUGUCAGUACAUGGGGCAUGUUAGAUACCGUACUACCAUCCCCUGAGACUGUGUUCCUGGUGUCAGUACAUGGGGCAUGUUAGAUACCGUACUACCAUCCCCUGGGCCUGUGUUCCUGGUGUCAGUACAUGGGGCAUGUUAGAUACCGUACUACCAUCCCCUGAGACUGUGUUCCUGGUGUCAGUACAUGGGGCAUGUUAGAUACCGUACUACCAUCCCCUGAGCCUGUGUUCCUGGUGUCAGUACAUGGGGCAUGUUAGAUACCGUACUACCAUCCCCUAGGCCUGUGCUCCUGGUGUCAGUACAUGGGGCAUGUUAGACACCGUACUACCAUCCCCUGAGACUGUGUUCCUGGUGUCAGUACAUGGGGCAUGUUAGAUACCGUACUACCAUCCCCUGAGACUGUGUUCCUGGUGUCAGUACAUGGGGCAUGUUAGAUACCGUACUACCAUCCCCUGGGCCUGUGUUCCUGGUGUCAGUACAUGGGGCAUGUUAGAUACCGUACUACCAUCCCCUAGGCCUGUGCUCCUAGUGCCAGUGCAUUUGUUAAGGACAGGAUUUUUACAUACAUGAGCAUAUGGUUAUUUGUUUGUAUUUGUUGAUUAAUCCAUUAGACAGAGGCCGGGAUUCAAUACAAGAUGUGUUAUAACGCUGUGCACCAUAACAGGUUUUUAAAGGUCAUUUACUCUUUAGUCUGAAUACGCAGCUUUUACAAUGAAUGCGAUCUCCGCGAACUUCUGGGAAAAUGUCUUUACAAAGCACACUGUCGGCUGUAUAGUGAGUGCUAUAACGCGCCUUGCGUAGAAUCCCAGCCAAGGUGUCAAAUCCAUAGUUUUGUAUAGAUACUUCCAUUGUUGAUGGAGAUAAUGUAUCAAAUUUGUAGGGUGGUUACGAGUCAUAGUCAGGCUGCCUCCAAUUCGCUACAAUAUUACCAUUAUUUGUGCAUUACCAGUUCUCUGCUAUUAAGGCAUUUUUUUGUACCUGUUGAUUGGUUUGACUCGGGUCAUUCAUCUUGCUAUGCAUUGUUCCAUUUUGUACCAGUACAUUUGUUUACACACAGUAUGCCAGGUCAACCACUUUCAGUUUGGUUCACUGAUAAAGGAGGCCAAUUAAUUUUUUUCAUUGAAAGUUGACGCUAUGUGAGAAUGUUCAACUAAACACGUAUUGGGUGGAUUUUUUAAUGUUUCGAUAGGUAAACCUCACACACAGUUAAAUCCAUUGUCAUAGUGAUGUUUCUGAUGAUUUUCUGAUGCAGUAUAUAGAUGUCCAGUGUACAGGUGAACCAUGUUACACUAUGGACGUUUCCUUACUAAUUGGAAGGUUGGCUGUAUGGUUACACAUGUUGGUUUGGUAUGAUGCUAAUGGAACUGUCCAGUGAAAAUCUCACUUUUAAAAGUUCAUAUUCUGUCAACUCGUACCCAAAUAAUGUUGUUGACUCAUCCUAUACUAUUAUUUGUGGCCAAAGCAUAAAUUUGAGGAAAAUAAAAAAACACUUGAAAAACCCCACCUCAAACAGACCGUUUAAAAAAUGCUUGCUAUUUCCUCAUAGAGGAUGAUGUCAUCCUCCUAAGGAGGAUGAGCUGGCCAAUCAGCGGUCUACUAGCAUUCCUAUUUUUAAUGAUGGGUAUAUGGCCACACCGUUUUGUUGUUGGGGUACGGCCGCACCAUUCCAACACAGAAAAGCU